AUGGACAACGCAUUCUCUGGCCAAGAUGCGGACGAUGAAGAUGAAUGUGGAGACCUAAACUUUUUUCUUGACCUGUUGACUGAACAAACCGUUUACCUUCCCGAACAUGGAACAAUUGGUCUCCCCGUGGCUCCCAGCGCGACAGGUGGUGCCGCACCCCCUGCAGACACCUCAUUUGAAGUCUUUCAACCGAUGAAUGGCACUUACGGCUUCACGGAUGCAGCUAUCAUGAAUCCCCCAGAGUCUGCAGAGAACUACAUGGAUCAUUCAUCUCUAUAG